AUGGCGUCCUCAACAAUCACCUUGGACAAACUAACAGAAAAAGUCCAAGCUGGGCUCAAGAUUUUAAAAGAAAAAGCCGUAACUAAGCUUCACAAAUUAAAGCAGGAGAUAGAUUUAAAAAAGCUGCAUCAGUUUCACGUGUCGCACUUUCUUCCAUACGCCCAUAAACAUUACGUUCAGGAACACUACCAUAAGAAAACGCCAUUGAUCAUAGAUCCUUAUCAAAUCCAUAGACUACAGCAUUACUUUGAGCCCCAUCACCAUAAGAUAUCACCGAUUCACGUCCAUGGUUAUCACCAUGAACCACCCCAUCAUCAUAUACAUGGACACCAUAAUGUUAAACAUCAUUAA